CACACACACACACAGACACAGACACAUACACACACACUCAUGCACAUUAUAGCCACAAACUUCUGCAACCCAGUGCAUCAGAAAAGAAAAGAGGAACAAAACAAGAGGAAUGAAUACCCAGAGGCGGCUUAAGACAAAAAGAGAGCACAAAGAAAGACAGACAAAGUGAAAGGGAGGAAAGCAUACGCAGAAAAGGAGAUACGUGAUAUACUGUAAAAUCAAAGAACAGGAGAUAGAAGGCAACAGGAAAACACAGAGUUGGUGAAUGAUGGAGGGAGAGGUCAGAAAGAAAGGGAUGCUCUAUCAACAGCAGCAGCGCUUCGGGAAGAAAUGGAAGAAGGUCUGGGCCGAAGCUGUGGCCGACAGCAUGCACAGCCUCUCCUGUCUGGAGCUGUUUGAAUACAGCAAGUCCUCGAUGAAGGAGGGUAAAAAACGAGCCGACAGUAAGAAAGUGAUCGUGAUGAGAGAUUGUGUCAAGAUAAAAGAAAAAGAAGCAGAAGGAUGUCCGAAGGAAUGCAGCACCUUCCUUCUCGAAACCGCAGACAAGACACACAUGUUCGCGUCUCCCACGCCAGAGCUGCACAGCUGGAUCACAGAGUUGUGCAGGCUUGCAUUCCCUCUGAAUCAAGCAGAGGGUAGAUCACAGAAGGCAGAACAUCUUUCAGCUGUAGAGAUGCAGGAGAACAUGCUGUAUGGCACUACUGAGAGUGUGCGGGAUUUCCUGGUGAUUGCUGUGGCUACAGAAGCAGCGUUACGGUGUAAUUUGUACGGAGAGUACUUUCUCACACCGCAACAGGACUUGUUACUGCUAAAGGACUCAAAAACGAAGCAGGUUCUCCUCACGUGGCCGUAUCGUUUUGUCAGGAAAUUUGGCCAAGACAUGCUGGCUUUCAACUUUGAAGCAGGUCGCAGGUGCGAGUCUGGCGAAGGCUACUUUGAAUUUGCUACGUGCCAUAGCGAUAAAGUCUUCUCAAUCGUCAGUGAAGCUCUCAAAAGACUUCCAAAGGUUGAAGGAUCUGGGAUAAGGUCGAAAGAGCAACAGGUUACCAAGGACUCCCAGCAAUCCCAAACACCUCCGGCUCAGGUGAAGCAUCCGAAGAAAAAACUGACCACAAGCUUCUCGAUGAGCGCCAUCUACAUGAGCGACUAUUCCAGCAAAGAUGAUAAAAUGAAAAAUGCCAACAGUACUCCUCCUCUAACAAAUGAAGUGCAAGAUCCUGUAUAUGCCAGGGUUAAACCGAAAGCACAAUCGAAGAGCACCAAUGAUUACAAAAACCUACCACUUGGCCCACUUCCUGACUUUGUCGACUGUUCUGAGGACAUUUCUGCAGGUCUAGAAGAAAAGGAAGAAGAAGAAGAUUUGAUGACCCUUGAGCAAUUAGGCAUCCGUAUUAAAUACAAGGACGAAGCUGAAGACGUUUACUCAGAAGUGAAAAUUUAUGAUGAUGAUUAUAGGAACACGAAUGAGACCGAUGACCACAUAGAUUGCAUGAAUUUCUACGAACCUCCUCCACCUGUCUGCUCGGACCUCGAAGAUUCUCUAGCUGUAAGUUUCAACACAGACUAUAUGCUUUCUAAAGAUACAGCCUGCAUCAUUGAGGACGAAGAGCAGCUGGACAUGGCUAUGGAGCGAUUAGGCUUCUAUCCUGCUCCUAAUUUCUGUGGAGCUGAAAGCAUGUACUCACAAGUACCAAACUAUUAUCAUGAUGGUAUUGAUGAUGAAGGCUUUGAGCAACCUGUGGACAAUCAAGAGUAUUUUUACUCAACUUGUGCAUCUGAUACACAUCUUGAAGACUCACAAGCUGAAGGAUUUUCUACCUAUGACAAUUUACCCAAAAGGUCUUAAUUUUAUUAUAAAAUUUCUAUCCAUUUUUAUGCACAUCAAGUAUACAGAUAAAUUAUAAAAAAACAAAAAAAACCUGUAGCAUGAGAUCCACUGAACUUGCACUGAAGACAUCAACAGGUCAUUAAAGUGGCCUGAUUUUCGAUUCAACCAUCAGAGUUCUGAGUAGCCUUCAUGAGGCCAUUAACAUCUCUGAAGCCAUGGUGAUUACCAUCAGAGCAAUGGUCCAGUAAUGGUCUCAGAGCACUAGUGAUCCACUUUUGAGUUUGAUUUGACUAUUGAUCCAAGUGAUUGAUUCUUGAUUUUUUUUUUAAAUGGAUUCCAGAGUCCUGAUGAUCAUCUUCAGGCCUAUGAUGAUAUAUAUAGGUAUAGGCUGAAGUGUCAAUGGAGGGAUUAAUGAUGAGAUCUGAUAAUCAUCUGGUCCAUGAACAAUUUGGCAAUAGGGGACUAAUGUUUGACUCUAUAACCCUGAGCACCAGUUACAGUUUUGAUAAUCGUAUUGCAAGCCCUAAUGAUGGGCUCCAAGGUGCAUGAACCCCUCGUCUUAUAUGGUUUUUGAGAGAAACAUGUAUGAUCAUUUUGUUUCUAUGCAACAAGGUAUAUAACUAGAUAACUAGGUAAUAUAACGGUAUAAAGAUACUUUGACCUAAAAGAUAUUUAAAUGUACAGACAUUUUUUUAUUUUGAUUGCAAAGCAUAAAUAACAGCUUUGCACAGUCUCAGCAUCCGGACAGUUAGUUUCUCCAAACAUUUAGUUAAAAUACUUUACCUUGCCUCCUGUAAACUUGCCAAAGGUCUUCUUAACUAAUUGGAGAUAUUUUUCUGACCUUGUGAUUCAGUUCAUCCCAGAGCAGUUCAAUGGGAUUUUGGUGCGGUGACUGGGCAGGCUAUUCCAUAAUAGAUUAAACUCCAGGCCACUGUUUGCUUUCUAAAUGACACUUACAGAGCUUGAUUGUCCUGGCUCAUCGUCUUGGUUGGUGAAGUGGGUUCCGAUGAGCCGCAGUCCAGACGGAAUUGCAUGGCGUUAAAGUAUAGAAUGGUAGCAACCUUCCAACCUUCCCUUCUCCAAAACAACUUCAAACCAUUAAGCUUCCACCGCCAUGUUAACUGUGGGUAUGAGGCAGUCUGCAAACAUCUCCUGUUCUUCUUAUAUAAGUUGUUCAGUUACAGACAUAAAUGUCAAAUUUGGACUUCAACAUCAUUCAAACACAGCUUGUAUAUAUAUACCAGGCUAAUUGCUACUUUCAAAUGAUCGAAUUCAUUUUUGGUUUUUGUUUUUUCAAAUAUUUUUUGCACUUUGUCAUUCAGCCUUUAGAGGGCACUAUCUCUCUCCUGAUGCAUCACAAAGCCACACGUUCUGAAGCAAUUCUGAAUACUGAAUGGUACAUUUAGGAGCUAAAUUGCCACAGAAUGAUGCAUUAGACACGAUUCAGCAGAGACACAGACCACGCAAAGUGGCUGUUAUUUUUGCAAAUCGCUCAUAAAUGCCACUUUCCUAUAGCAAUAAAAGUAUAUAAAAGCUAUGAUUUGGUUACUUGUGUAUGUAUAACGUGACUAUAUAACAGAAAUACUGUUGGAGACAUGGUUGAAGUUCUUAUGUCAGUAUAUUAGCUAGGGUACAUUAAAAGCUUAAAACCUUAAUAGCUUUAAUGGUAACACCUAGCAUGUUUUAUUCAAUGAAUUGUGCAAGAUAUAAUCAAGAAAAGUCAUAGUAUAAAGACAGUAAGUAAAUAUGCUGUAAAUAAAAAAACAGCAGGUAUAUAUUUAUACUGGACUGGUCCAGUGACUGAUUUGAAUAUUGAAAUGCUUUUGGGAAAUGAGAAGUGAGAUUAAAGCAUUUUCAGUUCAAAUAUUAACUGUGAAAUGUGAUGUACAAUACCAGCAUAUGUAUCGCAAGUAAAAUUAGUCAAGUCGCCGUCAUACACUUGAGUAAAUCUGAGCUUUUCCUCUUGCUAGUUUCAAAAUUGGCCCAUGACCCAGAAUAACUGAAGUUCUCUUAUUGGGAUGAUACUCACUUAAAACUCCUCUAGCAUAUACUGUGACAUCUAUCCAUGGCCUAGAAUGGUAAAUAAGCUGAAGGUACCAGGACUUUUGCACCUGCAAAAAACUGGAGACAGGGAAUGCUGUGUUAUUUUGCUCUAGCUCUUUAUCAGUGAGCAAUCUAAAUGGUAGAGGAAUGUUGGUGUUGUCCUUGAAUCCUCCACUGGGGGCUUUGUAAAGAAGACGCCCCCUGGUAAACAUCACUCUAACAUAUUUCAUUAAAGGACCUUCCUAAUGGGCAUUUUGCCUUCAUCACUGUUAGUUCUGUUUUUGCUUCUGAUGGCAAGUUGACUUCUAAAUGUAGGUCAAGUUCAUGUAUUAAAAAAAGCGUUGUAAUAAAAACUGCACCGAAAAGAAAAGUAUAUGCAACAAAUCUAACAUACUAGAUACUAGCAAACAAAUGAAAGACAAGGAAAGCAACAAAAAAAGUGAGAAAAUUAUACAAAAGAACAUGACGGAAAAAAAAGACAAGACAAAGGAAAAGGAAAGCAAAGUAAAACCAGGACAAAACAACGAUGAUCAAGACAAACGGAGACCAAGUCAAGAAAAGACACAGCAAGGGAAGACAAGACAAAAAAUAACAAGAGAAAACAGAAGACAAGACAAGAAACAACAAGACAAGACAAGACGAUAGACAACAAGGGAAA